CGUUAGUUGUACCGGGACCCGCUUGUAAUUUGAACAACUUUAUCGUUCAUAACAUGAAACAUUGUCACAAGAUUGGAAGAGAGCAACUGUUGACGCAUUGCUCAAUCAGAAUCAUAUCGAUAUGCUAACUUGCAGAGCAAAGAUUCUGAAGAUGGCGGUUAUGCUACUGACGAGAUUCACAAGUUCGCAUAGUUUGACAGAUUAACUGAGAUAUCCUGUAAUUUGCCAACACGUUCCAAGCAUGCAGCAGACUACUGAGCGAUUGAAGAAGAGAGUGCAUGUCGUUGAAAAUUGGUAUCAAAGUCUGCAGUCCGCUGUCUUUGUCUAAGGUCAAGAAUAAAAAAAACCCUGUUAGUCGGCAAUGUGAAGAAUAAAACUCAUUAAUUCGUUCUCCGUUUAACUAUCUUUCCGAUUAGUUACUUUCCGAUUAAGUCACUAAACUUAGCAUUUGUCGGUCUUCGCAUUCGCUCUUCUAAUUUCGGAUUUUAUAAUGUCUAGGACGCGGCUGAUGAUCUGAACACUGUAGAGUCUUAUUUUCAAGAAUCAUCUCGGAGUAAUUCAUACACUUCCAUUUAAAUUAUUAAAUAAGUGGACUAGCUGUUUCCGCAUGUGAGUUCACUAAAUGUGUAGUCAGUGCCACUUUACGUAUCUCAGUCUAACUGCGGACAGAAGCACUUGUUCUUAAAUCCUCGACCCGUGGUUUAGUGUCAGUCUCGCUAGUGUUUUGCCUCCUGCGCAUCGUAUCUAGGACUGAGGCUGUGACUGGAGACGUUGCAAGGGAGAUGAAGGUGUCAGUACACUGUAAGAGCAUAAUCAUCAGAAAGGCUGGUUGUCGAAUUACCAGACUCAGAGAAACAGAGGAUAUACUUGCAGACUUCUCAGUUAAGGGGUACUGCAAGGAGUGUAGUUAGUGUACGCGAUGAACAACAACAAUGCACCCGUUCCAGUGGGAUUUAGGUUCCAUCCAACUGACGAGGAGCUGGUUGGGUAUUACUUGCACGGCAAAGUGGGAAGAUCUCAGAGAGACCAGCUCAUUCAGGAGUUGGACCUCUACAAAAUCGAGCCCUGGGAUCUCCAAGAAGUGUGCAGGAUUGGGGACGACCCACCAGAGAAUCAAAACGACUGGUACUUCUUCAGCCACAAAGACAAAAAGUACCCCUCGGGCAAUCGAGCGAACCGCGCCACAACCGCUGGCUUCUGGAAGGCCACUGGUCGUGACAAGCCCAUCCACACGCAACGCCAUGUGACAGGCAUGCGGAAGACGUUAGUCUUCUACAAGGGGCGAGCACCACAUGGCCAGAAAACGGACUGGAUCAUGCACGAGUUUCGUCUAGACGAAGGCCCCGGCGUCACCUUGAACUUCGAAUCAGAUGGCUGGGUGGUGUGUCGAGUUUUCCGAAAAGUCAAGAACCUAAAGAGCCAAGAGACGUCGUGUUCCUUCGAGGAGGAUCAGCAUCUGCUGCCGGAGCUCAUGAGCCCCGCAAAUGGCAGCGGAGGUUCCAACGGUCGAGGCGGCGAGGAACAUUACAACCCACAUCUCCACCAUCACUUUAAUUUCACAUGCAAGCAGGAGAUUAGCGUGGAUGACUACCGCAGUCCCAUCAUCGAGAAUCUCCACCACCUUCAGGAGCUGCAGAGGUCGAUCGAAGAUGGCGGUCUCCAUAAUUCUGUGGGGCCGUCAUCGUCUUCCACGUUUCGGUCCCUACAGCAAAUGUGCUCAAACGGCAGAUUCUCCCGAGACCACGCCGAGUACUCUGUGACUCCUUUUCACGUCGAGUCUGCUUCACUCAUAGAUUUCGACGAUGCAAAAUCAAGCGUCAGUCACGAAAGCUCGUCCUUCCCUGCCUUGACGCAUCACGACGCUGACAACUGGAUGUUGGAGUGCGGAGCGUCCAAAGGUGGUCCACGGCGCGACCAGACCCUAGCGGACGUUACUUGUCAUGUUCGCAUCAAGACGCGGCAGUCAUCGGACCAUUUGUCGACGUCAACGAAUCAUGAAAAUUUCGUUCAUUUCUGGAAUGUAUAGUACUCCCAAGGUAUAUCAAAGCGAUCAAUAUCUGGAUCACGUGAUUUUAUUGUCGACGUCAUCGAAAUAGGUCUAGCUUUCUCAGCACAUUUCGAAUAAGAGCUCUCACAGGAUCGGCGACGUAAUCCCGAGGACUGGAAUUCAG